UAAAUGUACUUAGUUACUUUCCACAGCUGCAAACAGUAAAUCAACCAUGUUUUUUUUAGAUCUGGAAUUAUGUAGAUUAUUAUUAAUUAUAGAUUAACACCUCAUACUUUGCACAUAGUCGAACAACUAAAAGCUGUUAUUAGUUCAACAAUGCAAUGUUGAGCAUUAUAACCAUCAGUUUUUUUUGUCAAGGUGGUGCACCUGCUCACAUCAGCUCCUCCUCCACCACCACCACCACCACCACCCCCCCCCCCCCCCCCGCUCCAGCAUGACUACACUACCCAGAGCGCACCGCGCUGCUCUCCACUCUCUCUCCGCUCUCCGCUGCGCCAGCAGUAGUCCGCCUCACUGACUGACUCGCAGAACCAGUUGGUUUGGCCCAGCAGCUUCUUCUUCUUCUUCGCCUCUGCCUCCUCACUGUGUGUGCUGCUGCUGCUGUUGUUGCCUGCUGGUGUCAACCUACGCCGACGAGAGAAGAAGAAGACACAGCCCUCCCUCUCGUCUGCUUCCAAUUUGCCUUCACUUUGCUCCUCGCCGGCUCCAUUGGUUUCCUUGCCGUGCCAGUCAACUCGCUCUCUCCUUGUUCCAGCCCCGAGUUGAGCAGCAACAGCUCGGAAACAUCUGUCCGCCGCAGAGUGCUCGACUCCCCGUCACUCCCUCCUCCGUCCUCCGUCCCUCCGCCUGCUCGGCUCGGCUCGGCUCGGCUCGCCUCGGCAGCAGCCUCUUAUGGAAAUUAGUCCAAAGUCGAUCUAGUUUGUGUCUCCUGAAGGAAGAAGAGGAGGACCUGACGGAGGAAGACGUUGGACCGUGUUGUCUAGAGAGAGCAAGCGACGAAGAGAAAGAAAGAAAGAGAGAGAGAGAAAGAGAGAGGGAGAUACACAGCCAUUCCCAGCCAGAGAGCCCAGCUAUUCUGCUACAGUGGAGUUAAUCAAGUUGAUGCAUACUGCUGCAGGUUAUGAGGACGGCAAGAUGGAGUUCCCAGACCACAGCAGACAUUUACUCCAGUGUCUGAGCGAGCAGCGGCACCAGGGCUUCCUGUGUGACUCCACGGUGCUGGUGGGCGAUGCCCAGUUCCGGGCCCACCGCGCCGUGCUGGCCUCUUGCAGCAUGUACUUUCACCUCUUCUACAAGGACCAGCUGGACAAGAGAGACGUGGUGCACCUCAACAACGACAUUGUCACAGCCCCGGCCUUUUCCCUGCUCCUGGAGUUCAUGUAUGAGGGCAAGCUGCAGCUCCAGGACCUUCCUGUAGAGGAUGUGCUGGCAGCGGCCAGCUACUUGCACAUGUAUGACAUUGUCAAGGUGUGUAAGAAACGUUUGAAGCAGAAGGGCACGGCGGAGGCGGACAGCACGCGCAGAGAAGAGGACGGUGGGUCCAGCUGUUCCGAUAAGGCCGACAGUCUAUCAGACGGUUCUACAGGCCGGCCUGCGACAGCCGACUUGCUGCACAGUGAUGAAGAGGAGGAGGGGAAGGCCGAGGCAGGACCGCUGUGGCUGAGGCUGCCGUCUGCAGACAGGCCAGGGACGCCAGCCAUGGCUACGACCAGCCCAGGGCACGGCGAGGCAGAGAUGCAGGGUGGGGAAGGGCUGGCGGAGGGAGGGAAGCUGCUCUCUCCGGCCGGCAGCCCCACCAGCUCCACUGGAACCCUCUCGCAAAGGUCCCACCGCUCCGUGAGCUCUCGUGGAGGGCACAGGGGCAGGAGGGUCUCCAAUGAUGUGGUCGACUGCGUCCUGGACCUGUCGGUCAAGCCGAUUGCCGGUAGCAACCACAGUAACCACCACCAGUCCUAUUUCAGCGGGGCAGCUACACCAGACAGCCUCCAAAGCCCGUUGGCUGUGAGGGUGAAGGUGGAGAGGGGCGUGGCUUCAGACGAGGAAGAGGAACUGGGAGGUGGGGACUACGACAUGGAGCACAGCGGCAUCACCAAGGCGACGAUUGCCAGCACCAACGGGGGCCUGAGCCACCACGGGGUCGGGGGGCCCCUGUCGGCCCAGCGGAGGCUCGGCCUGGAAGCGCACCUGUCCGCUCUGCGAGAGGCCUCCCUGGCCUCGGAGCUGGAGCGGGACGAGAAGCCCUCGGCCACGGCAGACGACGAGGACAUACUGGCGAGUGAAAAUGAGCGCGCCCAGGCCGAGGUGGCCAGCAUGGAUAGCGCCCUGCUGCCCUACGUCUCCAACAUGCUGUCAGCUCAACACACCCAGAUCUUCAUGUGCCCGCUGUGUAACAAGGUAUUCCCCUCCCCGCACAUCCUCCAGCUCCACCUCAGCUCCCACUUCAGGGAGCAGGAGGGCAUCCGCUCCAAGCCCGCCGGAGAUGUCAACGUGCCCACCUGCACCAUCUGCAGCAAGACCUUCUCCUGCAUGUACACGCUGAAGCGCCACGAGCGGACACACUCCGGUGAGAAACCCUACACCUGCACCACCUGCGGCAAGAGCUUCCAAUACUCACACAACCUCAGCCGCCACGCAGUGGUGCACACGCGCGAGAAGCCGCACGCUUGCAAGUGGUGCGAGCGGCGCUUCACGCAGUCCGGGGACCUCUACCGACACAUCCGCAAGUUCCAUUGCGAACUUGUCAACUCGCUGUCAGUUAAGAGCGAACCGCUGGCGCUGCCCAAUGUCAGGGAUUGGGCGAUCGAGGACAGCUCCCAGGAACUGUGGAAGUAGAAACAGACUGCUGGGUUUGAUAAAGGGAAAGAGAGCGGAGAGCGGAAGAAGGGCAGAGAGGCAUGGGGAGGCGAAAGGGAGGUGGAAAAAAGUUUGAUAUUUGGGGUUCAAGUGAGUCGUGUUCUUGUGUGUCGCAAAAUCUCAUUCAAUUGCACUUUAAUAGCACAUGAAAAUGUUACUACUGAGUUUUUUUUGUUGUUGCUGUUUGGGGUAAUUUUGUUUUAUUCUAUUUUAUUCUGAACUCUUAUUUUUAUUUGGUUCCGUUUGGUGGUUUUUAUUGCGUCUAAGGACAUGGGUCCCAGUGAGAAUGUCUCGCCUUCUCGAAGAGUUUUCACUCCCGUUUGUGCUUCAUCUCAGACACAACACUCCGACGCUGGCCAGCGUAUCGGUCCCAGUCCCACAGACAGCAAACACCACUGCAGGAGUUCAGGUCGAACACACUGAAGUGAAAAAAAAGCAUUACAAUACACUAAACGGGUACUGUGAUCACCACACACACACAUACACACACAGUUUGAAGAAGUGUGUGUGUGUGUGCGUGUGUGCGAUACUGCACUACUCUGGCAAAAAAUUUCACCUGACGUGCGUGAGUGUGUAUGAGUGUGUUUUGUGUGUAUUAAUUUGAUUUUCUACUGGCAUAGAGGUGUCGUUGGCGAAGCGCUCCCCGCUGCUUCUCCUGUUAAGCUCUUUGGCGUUGUGUGUUCAGGGUAAAGCUGACUGACUGACAGACUAACUGAUGGCACUCAUGCAAUGCACAGCCUCCUUUUUUCACUUCCAAUCAAUUUGAAGUAUUUUCUAAAAAUGAAACAAAUUAUUAUAAUAAUUAUUAUUGUUAUGAAUAGAAUUUUUUUCUUAAAUCUAGCUGGCAGUCUUUAAAAACAUCUCUUGUUGAAAAGGUAUUUAAUUUAAGGUUGUUGUAUAUUGUUCUGCUAUAGUUUUAGAACUUAAAUCCGUUGCAUUUUUUUUGUUUUUAAAUUAAUGAUUAUUAUUAUUAUUAUUAUUAUUAUUAUUAUUAUUUUGUUACUUUUUUUGUAAUGGACCUGCUGUUGUUGCAUGACGUCCAAACCUGUAUAUUUUAAAAUAAAAAAUGUGAAUUUGCUGUAUUACUGUACACAUUGUAAUUGAUCAAAUAUUUGACAACAGGCUUUCCUUUUCUUUUCUUUGUGAAUACUACUCCAGGGUGCAGUCUGUUGAAAAACUGAAUAUUAUUCUCACGACUAUGGGGAAAAAAAUGCAUGAACAUUUGAUUUUGUCUUAAACCUUUAAGUUGUGGUUUUUGCAUCGGGGUGUGGGGGGGAGGGAGGGGAGAUGUUUGAACAUUUUGACAGUGAAAAGUUGGAUUUAUUUUCUACUCAUCGUAGGUCUGUCGCUGGGCUCCUAGAAGAAUGUUACCGAAUGUGUUUCCGUCGGAUGUUGAAGCGAUACGAUGAAGCAUUUUAAGCCUGUGUGUAUAUGCACUGAUCUCUCUGCUGCGUGUGCGUGUGUGUGUGUGUGUGUGUGUGUGUGUGUGUGUGUUUGUGCGUGUGUUUAUGAGCGUGUGGCUUGGUUAUUAUUACCAGUCAAUUUAACCUACUGAAGAUCUACGUCCACCCAGCACUUCCUCCUCCUCCUUCUGCUCCUCCUCAGGCGUUUCAAUUCCUCCACUGCUGUAUGUUUGUUCUCCACCUCUCAUGUCUCCGUCCUCUCCAGCUCUAGACGUGGUAAAACCAUUUCUUAAUUAUUUCUGCUCAUUGGGCACUUACUUCAGGUCUGUCGAGUGCAGUUAUGUGGCUCAAAUGUGAAGAAUAAUGGGGAGAGCGAGAGAGAGAGAGAGAGAAAAAAAAAAGGCUGAAACUGAGCUGUCCUGCUGAAAGUUGAAGGGUCAGAUAUGUUUGUCACGAGCUGAGCGGAGGCUGAUUCAGUACGAUAUCCCAGAUUAGACGCAGAGGCGCGAAUGUGAAGACGUCUGUUAUCUGUGCGUGUUUUCCUCUUAAAGCAUAAUCCUUACGUUGAGAUCGAUGGGAGACAAUUGGCAUGCCUGAAUGCACCUUUUUAAGCUAAAAGACAUGACAUUUUUUGCUGAAAAGAUGCCUUUAUUAUUAAAAAAACAAAAACAUUUCUGACGCUACGGAAGUAUCUGAUACUGUAGAGCAUUGGGAAAUUAACUCAUGUAUAAAUUCAUGGAAUUUAUCAGAAAAUGAUGUCUUAUUAUAUUUUGAUUAUGUGAUUGGAAAACUAAUUUUUUUUUGUAUGUGAAUGUUUGGGUUGGGGGCUACAUCAGUUUAAUAAUUUUUUUUUAAACGUCUGUAUCUCAAAUAUUUUUUUUGUUAGAAUUUCAAAAUAAUGGUCAAAGCGUUUAUACAAUCCAAAAACAUUUGACACAGAGAUACUAAAAAGUGAACGCUCCACAUCCCUCACUCAGAUGUGUGUGUAUGUGUGUGUGUGUGCACGCCCCCAUUGAUGUGCAUGUGGUGGGUGGGGUGGUUGUAUGUGUUGCCCUGUCAUCUGGUGGCACCUACAGGCUUUGCCAAGGCGACAGUGUGGGUGACAUUGCGGCAGUUUGCACCGCAUCGUCUGAUUUUUUUUUUUCCUCCUCAAAACGUUAUUUCUUCACUGGCAGCGUCUCUGCAUAUGGGCUCACUCCAUCCUGCUGUUGUUUUCAUCAUUACUGCUGUUUUUUUUUGUUCUGUUCCUCUGGUUGUACUUGACCGCCUUAAACUGCUGUAGUCCGGGCUGUUAUAUUUUAUUUUAUUUUGAAAGUGUGAGCGUGGGGUGGAGUUGUGGGAGCCGCUCAAGACGCUGUGAAGUAACCACCCCGACGAAACAUCUCCAUCUUUUGCUGUGCUUACUUGAAAACAAAAGGGGGGGGAGGGAUUUUUUUUAAAGCAAGGUAUAAAAAUAAAUUGUUCAAAUGUCAUAGACAGUUUAUGGAAAGGCAGACGGGGGAGGGUGGGGGUGAUGGGUGGGCGGGGGGGGCGUGAAGUGACUGAGUCUGUUUUUGAAAAAGGACAAUCACUGUCUGGGAAAAAAAAAACAAGCAGAUUUUGAUUCAGAUAUAUUUGCUCCCUCUUGAGAUUAAACAUUUUCUUUGCUUUUUCUUUUCCUUUUUCAGAUUUAGUCAUUUUUAGCUUUGACAAUCAUAGUUGGGUUGAUUUUUAUUUUUUUUUUCUCAAGGGGAGUAAAUUCUAAUUGUGUUUAGUUUUGUAAUUUUUUGGUGUGCUGUUGUUGACAUUUUUAAAUUGUGUGCAAACUGCAAUAAAUUAUAAGAAUCUUGAAAUUCAA